AGAAGUCUGAAGAGUGCAAUAACACAAGUAAAACAUAAAAGAAAGAUAAUUAAUAUCAAAAAAUGGGUUCAAAAUUAGUGUUAUUGUUAAUUGUAAUAUGGUGUUCAUUAUUAUCAGGAUUUAGUAAAGGAGAUAGUAAGAUAAGUGUACCAGUUGCUCCUGGCCUGUCUUACAAUUUUUAUGCUUCAAGUUGCCCAAAUUUGGAAUUCAUUGUUAGAAAUCAUCUUAUACAAGUCUUUCAAACAGAUAUCACUCAAGCUGCUGGUUUGCUGCGUCUUCAUUUUCACGAUUGCUUCGUUUUGGGAUGUGAUGCAUCAGUACUGUUGGAUGGGUCAGCAAGUGGACCAAGUGAGCAAAAUGCGCCACCAAAUUUGAGUCUGAGAAAACAAGCAUUCAAAAUUAUAAAUGAUCUCCGCGCUCUUGUGCACAAUGCUUGCGGCCGAGUAGUUUCUUGUGCUGAUAUCACUGCUCUUGCUGCUCGUGAUUCCGUUGUUUUGUCAGGUGGGCCAAACUACUACAUCCCAUUAGGAAGAAGGGACAGUCUAAAUUUUGCAACACAAAAUGAAACCUUAGCUAAUCUACCAUCUCCAAAAAGCAAUGCUGAUACCAUUCUAGACUCACUUUCCAAGAAGAAACUUGAUCCUACAGAUGUAGUAGCCCUUUCUGGGGGCCACACCAUUGGGAUCAGCCAUUGUGCGUCCUUUGGUGAUAGGCUUUACCCUACACAAGACUCGACCAUGGAUCAAACCUUCGCUAAGAAUCUCAAAGUAACAUGCCCUAAAAAAGACACAGACAACACUACAGUUUUAGACAUCCGUUCUCCUAAUGUUUUCGACAACAAAUACUACGUCGAUCUUAUGAAUCGACAAGGCUUGUUUACCUCGGAUCAAGAUUUGUACACUAAUUCAAAAACUAAGGAGAUUGUUAAGAGUUUUGCUGUUAAUCAAUCCUUGUUUUUCGACAAGUUUGUUGUUGCGAUGUUGAAAAUGGGACAACUUGGUGUCUUGACGAGUAACCAAGGUGAGAUUCGUGCAAAUUGUUCUGCUAGGAACACCAACAAGGUCGACUUGUGGUCUAUCGUUGAUGAACAAGGUAAUCAACCAGGAAGUUCGGCUCAAUUUUAAGAAAUUGAUAUCUACUCUUGUCGUCUUUUUGGGUUUGUUACGAACUUAGAUUAAGUAGUGAAUGAAUAAUUUCCGCUUAUCGUGAAGUGAAUCGUGUUGUUAUGCUAGUGUAGUAGCAAGUAAUAUUUGUUAACUUUUUGUACACUUGGUGUUGUAUGUCUUUUGUUUAUGUAAUUGAGUAAUAAUAUCUUUCUUUGUAACACUACUUAUGACUUAUAAGACGAUGAAAACUUGAUUAUUUUUUUAUC